AUGGUUCUCUUCUUCCCAUUUUGCAUUUCCCUUGACAUCUUAGCACCAAACCAAUUGAUCAAGGAUGGCCAAUCUUUGAUUUCCAAAGAAAAAAAAAAUCACCUUAGGCUUUUCAGCCCUGGUAACUCUAGCCAUCGAUAUCUUAGUAUUUGGUAUGCUAAAGUGAAAAAUCAAACCGUAGUAUGGGUUGCAAACAGGAAUGAUCCUAUCAAUGAUUCCUCCAGAGUUCUCUCAAUCAACCAGUUUGGAAACCUUGUCCUUCACGACAGUUCUAACUGUCUUGUUUGGUCUACAAAUGUGUCUAUCAAAGGAACAACCAUAACCUCCUCUAUAGCUCAACUUCAAGAUUCAGCAAACUUAGUAUUGGUCCAAGACAAUAACCAAAAGGUACUGUUAUGGCAAAGCUUCGACUAUCCCACAGAUACUUUGCUUCCAAAAAUGAAGCUUUGUGUGAAUUUGAUAACUGGACUAGACAAGUUCUUAACAUCUUGGAAGUCACAAGAUGACCCCAGAUCUGGGGUCUGCUUCUAUAACAUGAUAAUUUCUGGCUCCCCUGAAGGGUUUGUUUACAAGGGUUCGACCCCAUAUUGGCAGCUGGGUCCAUGGCCAUGGCGUAGCUCAUCGCCAGCAACAGCAACAGCAACAGCAACAACUUCAUCAGGUUAUACAAUUGAUUUUGUAAAAAAUAAAGAUGAGGUACCUUAUGCUUACUUUCUUGAUGACCCUUAUAUUAUUUCUAGGUUAGUGGUUGACAACUCUGGAUUGCUACAACAACUUAUGUGGAAUGAAGCUAAUCUUCAAUGGAAGGAGACUUCGUCAGUACCUAAAUACCGCUGUGACAAGUAUGGACAGUGUGGUGCGUAUAGUAAAUGUAAGCUUGAAAAUUCUAAUAGGUUCGAUUGUAUGUGUUUGCUAGGGUAUGAACCCAAGUCUCUAAGGGAUUGGUAUCUCAGAGAUGGUUUUGAGGGUUGUGUUAGGGAAAAGUUGGGGAUGUCAAUGUGUGGGAAUGGAGAAGGGUUUGUGAAGGUGCAACAUUUGAAAGGUCUUGAUUCAGCUAAUGCAGCUUGGAUGGACAUGAGUAUGAGUAGCUCAAGUGUGAGCAGGCAUGCUUGA